AUGCGUUCGUUCGUUGCCUCUGCCCUGCUCGUCUCGAGCUCCGUGGCUGCCGCCUCGGCUUCCCUGGCUCCCAGCUGGGACUGGCCCGAUGCCAUGCCCAUUGAGGCUCGUCAGGCCCCCGGCACCCCUCGGUUCCAGUGCCACGAGGACUGCGGCACCACCAUCUCGCUUAGCCGUGUCGAGGGCUACUGCACCAACGCCGAGUGGCGCGGCCGCUACGAUGCGUGCAUGAUCUGCGCCAACACCGAGGGCAUCUGGCAGUUCUACCGCAACGCCAUCACGCCGGCCGCCGCUGCCUGCGGUCUCACGGCCGAGCCGUCGCCCAGCGGCUGGGUGCCGACGCCCACGUCCACGGAGGCACCGGCCCAGCCCAGCAGCGAGGCGCCCGUUGUACCGCCCAGCAGCGCCCCUGCUCCCGUUGACCCUGUCAGCAGCGCCCCUGCUCCUGUCGAUCCCGUCAGCGGCGCCCCCGCCCCCGUCGACCCCACGAGCACCGCCGCCUCUGCCGUGACCAGCGCCGCCGUCUCUGCCGAGCAGCCCAGCGUCAUUGUGCCCACCCCCGGGUCCUCGGCUGCCGGCGUUCCGGCCAGCAGCCUCAUCAGCUCGGCCGCCGCCGGCGAGCCGACCUCUUCUGCCGUCGAGCACCCUGUCAGCAGCGGCGCCCCCUACCCCGUGGAGACGCACUCCCACGCGAACGGAACGGCCGCCCACACCAGCACAGCGCCCUGCGAGACCGACGCCAACGGCGUGCCCACCGGCCAGAGCAAGCCCACGACGCUCGUCACCAAGACGACCGAAGUCCCCGGCCACGUCGUCGUGCCGACCAAGUCUGCCGACGCUCCUGUGCAGCCCGCGCCCCCCGCGCAGACGCCCGGCACCGGCUCGCCUUCUCACGUUGCCACGGCGCCCGCCAUCGUCGAGAGCGCCGAUGCCACGGACGGCUCGGUGCCUGUGCCUUCUGUUGUCGAGGUUAGCGGAGCCGGCAGAACGGUUGGAUCGGCGAUUGCUGCCGGUGUUGCUGCCAUCGUGGCGGUUGCUGCUCUCUAG